AUGCCUCGCAUCAUCUACAACCCUGAAGCCCCAUCCGGUCCGUGGACGAAGAUCAAUCCCUGUGCCGUCUGCCACAAAGCCCGCAAUGUCCGAGAGCGCCCCGACAUCCUACGCCGGCUUCUGUGCAUCCCUCGUCAAUCCGACCCCUCGCGGACCCCCUCCGUGUGCUACGCGUGCGGCGUCACCGAAGAGCCCGUGGGGCCCAAUGAUGAGACCCGGGCAUAUGACAUUUUUGGCCCACCGACGCCCUUGGGUCGGCCGACGAGGAAGCUGGCCAGGUUCAAGCCGAUGAAGGAACACCUAGGUUUUGAGACCCCCAGUGCCCAUGACAUUGCAUGGGCCAGGGCCAUCGAAAAAGCGCAGAAUCCCGAACGGAGUGCUUUGGGUAGGUUGAAAACGCUGUGGAGGAUGGCUGAUACUAUCCUGCCGUCUCGCGGGCCGCCGCUGCCCCUGACUAGCGAGGAGCGCCGGAGACGAUCUCAAGAGCGGUGGCACGAAACCCAAGAUUUGAGACGGACAAAGAACGGGGCCAAGCCUCAGUUCAGACCCCGUGCAGGUUUUCCGUCGACUGCCCUCAAGCCCAUCUCGGAGGAGGACGAGCCGGAGGAGGAUCCACGGACCAGAGGCCGUCGCCACAGCUGAA